AAUAGAAGCAGUUUGGAGUGGAAGAAGACUCAAAAAUCCAAACUUCUGAGAAAAUGGAUAUUAGAAACUCAUUUGUGGUUUUCCUCUCCAUUUUUAGCUUCCUGGGUAUUAAUGGGAGUGAACUCUCAUAUCACUUCUAUGAAAAAUCAUGCCCACAAGUUGAGUCCAUUGUGAGGACAGCACUUGCACCAAUCUUUCUUACAGAUCCAACUUCACCUGCUGCUUUGUUAAGGUUAAUGUUCCAUGACUGCCAAGUUCAGGGUUGUGAUGCUUCCAUCCUUCUUGAUGAAUCUAGUAAUGGAGAAAUGGUACCAGAGAUGGCUUCUAGUAAGAAUUUCGGAAUUCGAAACAGAGAGUCGAUUGGGGUAGUAAAAUCAAUGGUAGAAGCAGAAUGUCCUGGGCAAGUUUCCUGUGCAGACAUUCUUGUAUUGGCAGCUCGAGAGGCUGUAUCUGUUUCUGGAGGCCCACAAAUAAGAGUUCCUUUGGGUAGAAGAGACUCCAUUACUAUGAGCUAUAAACUUGCAGAAGCCUCUCUUCCCUCACCAAACACUAGAGUGGAUGCCAUGCUUCAUCUUUUCACCAUUAAAGGGAUGAACCUCGAAGAAUCUGUUGCCAUUUUGGGUGCACAUACACUGGGGAUUACUCAUUGUUUGAGCAUUCUUAACCGAUUGAAGAGCCAUGAAAGCAGCAACAAAGGAGAAAUGUCAUCUGACUUCGAAAAGCUCUUGAAAUUAAGUUGCAAAAAUGGACUUGGAGGAUCUUUAAGCAAUAACUCUACUUUUGUAGGAAACGAUCUUACUGUCUUUGUCUUUGAUAACCAGUAUUACAGAGAUGCAAUAGCAGGCCGAGGUGUACUACAGAUUGAUGCUGAUAUGUCCAUGGACCCUCAAACAGCUCCGAUCAUGGCUAGAUUUGCCAUUGAUGAGGAUGGUUUCUUCCAGACUUUUACAUCUGCUUUUAUGAAACUCUCCUCUUCAGGUGUUCUAACAGGAAACGAAGGUGUAAUACGCAAGAGGUGCAAUGAAGUUGUUUAAGAUGAAGGCCUUUUAGAGUUAUCAUUUAGAAAUCCUCUAUUCAAUGUAGUCUUACGGCUUCCA